AUGGUGAAAAUUGACAUUGAUCCUGAUAAAGAAAAGCAGCUUCAGGGAGCUAAAACAGAAAUUGAAGACAAAGUAAAAAGGAUUUUGAAACUUAUUAAAGAUGACAAACUUGGCGAAAAUGGUACCCGAGCAGAACUAACUGAAUUGUUCAAACAAUGCAUCUGCUAUCAUGAUCAUCUGGAGGGGCACAAUUUAGAGUUGAGGGACCAAAUUUCAGAACUUGAAAUGAAGUCCAAAGAAAGAGAAGAGGAACUAUCUGCUAUCAUGAAGAAACUCGAAAAUAAGGAGAAUGCGUCAUUACAUGCUCAGAAAAAUGAACUGGAAGAGCAGAAGAUUGUUAAAAGUAAUGAAGCUUCAACUCGGGCCGAAAGCAAUACAAAUGAGGUGAAUGUAUUGCGGCAGGAAGUGGAGUCUCUACAACACCAGAAAUCUGACUUGGAAGUUCAGCUUGUGGAAAAAAGCCGAGAAAAUUCUGAGUGUACGAUUCAAAUUCAAAGUCUGAAAGAGGAGGUUGAGAGAAAAACCCUGGAGCAAGAGAGACUUACGGAAGAUAAAGAAAAUUUAACGAUGCAUAUAAGGAGUCUGGAAUUGGAGAUGGGCACUAUAAAGAGCAAAAGUAGCGAAGAUGAAGAGCAAAUAAAGGCCAACAUCCAAGUGAUUAGUCAUCUGACACAGCAGAAGUUGGAGCUACACGACAGAAUAGCAAAAUUAGAGAAAAUAUCAGAUGAGAGAGAAUCGGAGUUAUUAGUUUUCCAAGAUAAGCUUAAUAAGGCAGAGGAAGAAUGUUUGGUUGUAAUAUCUACCUGCAAGGAGCAAAUUAAGAUUCAUAAAGAUGAUCAGCUUUCCAUGUAUAAUGAGAUGCAAAAAUUAGGUCAGUCGAUCGAAAAGCUGAAAUUGGAGAUGGAUUACAUAGACAACCAGAAGAGUGUAGUUGAAGAACAGUUAAGAGCCAAAGACUGUGAGUUGAACACUUUAAAGCAAAAAGUAAGUGAGAACGAAAAGCAAAUAAUUGCUUACUGUGAUCACAUCGCUAAACUGGCACAGGAGAAGUUGGAGCUGGCAGACAAAAUAGAUCAUUCAGAGAAAAGAUUAGCAACAAGAGAAUUUGAGUUCUCUGCACUUCAGGAUAAACUUUCCGAGGCAGAGGAAGAGUCGUCAGGAAAAAUAGUUGCCUUCACAGCCCAAGUUGAUAACCUGCAAAAGGACCUGCUUUCCUUGCAGAAAGCAAAAGAAGAGUUGGAGCACCACAUCGAAAAAAUCAGAGAAGAACAUGCACAGGCCCUCACAAAGGUUGACAAUGAAAAUAAUGAAUUAGCCAACAAAUACCUAGAUCUUUUGAGAAUAUUGGAAGAACGGGAUGAAGAAUAUAAACACGUUGAUAGUUGGUAUAGUGACUGUCAGGUCAAACUUAAACGUGCGGAGUGGAAGAUGAGAAAAAUGGCAGAAAUGUUUCUUGAAGACAUUGAUUCAAAAGAUCAGAUGGUAGCUGAUUUGGAACACCAAGUUGAAGAACUGAAAAGAGACCUGGAAGAGAAAGGAGAUGAGGUCAGCUCUUUGCUUGAAAAUGUCAUGAAUCUUGAGGUAAAGCUUUGCCUGUCAAACCAAGAGGAAGAGAGCUUUAGAAAGGUGGAAGAAAAGUUUCAGCAAGUUCAGAGAGCACUUGAAGACAGGAUUGCUACUGACAAUGAAGCUUUUCAUGAAACUAUCACAAGUAUUAAAAAGUGUGUCAACAGUAUGAUAUCUGGGAUAGAUACUAUAAGCUCUAAAUUUUCGGAUGACUGCAAUAAUUAUGAGAACCGCAUCUCAAACAUCUCAUACGAGCUUCAGGUUGCAAAAGAAUCUGUCAAUGAGAUGAGUAGGGAAAAGGGGCAGUUACAGACAGAUAAAAACCAUUUAUUGGAGGAGUUGCAGGGUAAAAAGGAAGAGGGAUCAACUCUGCAGAAAGAGGUUGAAAAGCUAGAGGCAAAGGCAAGAAAGGAGGAAUCAGAGAAGAUGAAUGUGACAGCAACUGUUGAUGAACUUAAGAAGACAGUUGAAGAGCUACAGAAGUUGAUAAAAGAGAAAGAGGAAGGAAUAUUGGAUUUGGGAGAGGAAAAGAGGGAGGCCAUCAGGCAGCUCUGUUUGUUGAUUGAUUAUCACCGCGAGUGUAAUGUCUAUCUCAAGGGAAUCAUCUCAAAGACUCAAAGGGGCCAGAGAGAAGCUUAAAUCCUUUCAUAUAUUUUUUAUGCAAAUUUUCCCAGUUAGGUAUAGUCGUGAUUCAGCAUAUAAUCAGCUCAUUUUUUCUCUCUGUGAAUUGAUUCUUUUGUUUUAAAAACACUGGUAUGUGUGUAUAAUUUGAUUUUUCCAGUAUCGUGAGCAGAGUUAGUUCUGUUCUUCUCUUGAAAUUUGGAUA